CGAAACCUCAGUGCUGUAUACUGCUUUUGACCAUCGAGGACUAAAAGCGAAACGUGGUCUCAUCUAAUGUGGUUUUUUCAAAUAUAACUGUUUCUAGAGUGCAGGAAAGUAAAACUUCCACUGUUUGACGCAGAUUGUAUGCAACACAAUCUUGUGCGUACCAAGCCUCUUCUGUUUGGACUUUGAGUAGUAGGAUGAGAGUAGUUUAAAAUUUCAUAUGAGAAUAGCCGGUAAAUGGUCAACAAGGAACAAGGUUGCUUUCACCAUGUUGAAUUUUUUCAGUAGAUGUGAACCCUGGGACCCGGGGCAAAACUUUCAAUUUAUUAUCAAUUUUGUGUACCGCGAACAGUUUGAUGUACCACCAACAUCUUAGUUUGAUGGUUUUGCAUGGCAGGCCCUUAGCUCUAUCCUAUAUGCGCACGCAUUUGAAGUCUUGACAACCUAUGUAUAGUGAAACUGAGUUCCUUUCUGCGAAAAAGGCCUCAAAAAAGCAAAUUACUUUCUCAAAAGGGCCGAGACCUUUAAGGUUCAGAACAGUCUAGGCCAAUAAAGGAGAAAUAUAUCUUUCUUUUCUACCAUGUUUGACUGAGGAUUAGCCAGAUAUAUCUGUGCCGUAUGUAAAACAAAGCCUUCAUUUGAAGAAUUUCGAUUCGUUGCUUUACAGAUUACACUUGAAAAAAUUUCGCAAUGAUAAAGAUUAUUUUAUGAAAAUGGGAUACUUGUCUUGUGAAAUUGUGCGUCUUAAAAUGUUAUUUUCUCUUGUCAACGAUAAGCUUGAGGAGCUAGAUGAACAAUAAACAUAUCAGCGUCCUCAAAGCUCGUGCCCAAAGAUCCUCACUCAUCAGUGUUGGUUUUUAGGGGGCAAGGGUAGCAAAUUCCUCCUUUUAGAGACAAAAGCACUUGGCACUAAAAUCUCUGUAGCAGCUUAACCCUCUAAAAAAACUUUCUGGAUUCGCCCAUGUUGCCCGCACAACUUUUCAGUGCUGGCUUCGUGCCUGCAAGACAAUAUGUUUACUGUGCUUUCAGCACAGUAAAUUUUUGUCAAUACUUCGACGAAAGCCCAAACUUUCCAACAAGAACGCGAUUCGACGGCCAAACCCCCUUUUCCCUCGUAAUUUCCGCCACUCUAACUGCCUUAGAAGCUGCCUUGAUUUUCAUUCACAAUAAAUAGAAGCAUACUUGCACACCAAUUCAUGUUUCUUUUGACUUUCUAAUCCCUUUGUAUGUUUGAACUUUCCACUUCGAUAUUCGAGAAUGUUAUCUAUCUAUUUUUGACAGAUAAAGUAGGGAAAGUUUAAUUAAGGGACGUUUACAGGCUCAUUACUAACUGUCUAGUUUGGGAAGCAGGCAUAGUCUUUGCUGAAGAUGAGAAAAAGAAUGGAUCCAAAGUAUGACACUUGCGGAACUCCAAUUUUUGCUUGCAGUCUGAUAUCGUAGAGAACUUCGAUUCUAAAUCAAUUUAGGCAGACAUGUCGCGUCUCCUACCAUUUACUACGGGUUUCUUUAAUUUUCAUGAAGAUUUAACACAAAAUGCUCUAAAAGACCAGCUUCCUAGUUUUUUAGCAUUAGGCGACAAUUUCUAGAUGCCUAGUAGCUUUUUCCGAUACAUAACAAACCGCUAUGAUAGAUCCUCAUUCUGCUUAGAAAUCAGACAAUCCUGCCCAAAAGUUAUUGGCAAAUCGUAGUAUUUUUGGAAAAAUACGCUCCCUGCCCCCCCCCCCAGCCAAUAUUGAUAUGCCUAUUUCUACUCUUUUCGAUUAUGGUUACUUGGGUGUUUUCCAAAAAACCAACAUUGCUGCAAGGGUGGGGGAGUGGGUUGAUAAUAUUAUUGGGGUCAAGUUGCAAUUUUAAUGGUUUUGUUUUUUUCUCUAGUCCACUAACCUUUUGGCCAGGAUUGUAGAUAAACAUUGCCAAUGCUGCAAAACGUCACCACAAACUCACUUUCUCCGAAACCAUUGUACUAUUUGCAAAUAUUGUUGAGCUGACCGUUAAACACUGAAGACGACGAACACUGAACAGGUAACAUGGAAUUGAUAAUAUUUCUUAAGGUAACACUGGUAUUGCCAGGCACGAAAAUAAAAAGGGGCGUAGGGGGGUGACGCCCCUCCCCCCUAAAGUUUGGAAAAUCCAAUAACAGUCGGAAACUUAACAGUUUACUUGAUUUUUUUCUUAAUAUCAAACUUGUGAAUUACAAUGAGUGGACCCAUUCACUGAUCGUUUUCUAUUGUAAAUCCCUGUACCCACUGGAUCAUAAACUGCACCAUUGCCCCGUUUAUUUUCUUUUUGACUGGAGUUACGUUGAAUUAAAUCAUUUUGAACAGGCAAGGUGAAUUUCCGGAUGAGAAACUUGAAAUUUUACAAUCGGUAUUGAGCCUAAAGUAUCAACGGUAUCUAAUGCCUCCUUGAAAAAGAGACUAAAUUUGCUUCUCUACGAUUUGCAGAGUUCAUCACGCUUAAAGCAAAGAUGUUCAUGUUUGCGGGGUAGUUUACCCAAUACCCUGAUUCCGCUCCAAUUUUUUACAGCCACCUGCCCUCUGUAGCCCUGUGCAAGACCAAGACCCUGCUGCAGAGCAUCUAUUUCCGUGACGAGACUGUAAAUGUUGACAUUUCCUUUCUGUUUUCAAAGAAACUGUAUUUAUAAAGACAGGAAGUAGGCGGCACUGCGUUACAAAGCUAUAUCACCCCGAUGUUGAACAUUCGUUUUUCAAGAAGGAUGCAAACGCAUAAUUUUAUCGCUUUGAUAGAAAUUAUGUGAUACUCCACGUGCAGCACUUGCCAGAAAAACGAAAUUUAACAGAGUUGGACGACAUUUCCACAGCAGCACACGUGUAUCGAAGCUGAAUCAAUUUUCUUGUGCUCCCGGUAAACAGUUAACUGACUGGAUUUGCUUGACAAUUUGCAAUAUACCGCUCAAAAGAGCAUGGCUGCAGUAGAAAUCGAAGCAACGAUUCUAGUUGUAAUCUUCUUGGGAUGCCUGAUCGGGAACUGCAUGAUGUGCCUUGUUGUUUUCAAGGAUCGCAAAACCAGACCACGUAUUUACUCACUACUUGGCAAUCUAGCAAUUGCAGAUUUGGGCCUAGGACUUUUCUGUAUGCCGUUUACAAUCAUUACCUUGCUAUCGAGAAAAUGGAUUCUUGGACCUAAACUCUGUCAGGCAAACGGCUUUAUGAAUGCAUUUUGGAUACCAGCAACGGUAUUCGCAACAACAGGCAUCAGCAUACACAAAUGUCAUUCUAUGUAUCAACCUUUCAAUCCCAAGAGAACCUGGAGAAUAACUAAAGUAUUUGUCACAAUAACUUGGUUGUUAUCGUUUGCCUGUGGCCUAGGGCCAUUACUUGGCUGGCAUAAGUUUACCUACAAUCCUUCUUCGUCUCAGUGUGGAUUAGGGGUCUCUGAAACAAAGGCGGAUUACUCGUACAUGGUAUUCUUGGCAGUUUUUGUUUACAGUAUACCAAUGUUGUCAAAUAUAGUUUCUUUCGUGUUGCUGUUUCGCGCUGUACAAAAACACACUUUAAGAAUUAGACAGAACGCUGUUCUGACUAGUAAUAACACAAGCACCCAAAAACGCACUGCAGUUACUUUCUUGCUGGUUUUCUUGUCCUACAUUCUGAGCUGGACACCCUUCUUUAUCUACGGCUUGCUAAAAAUCGCCGGAGUCAAGGGGGACCUUGCGGGGCAGUACCUUACGGUGGCAUAUCUCAUGGGCUUUUCAAACACUGUACAUAAUCCCAUCAUAUUUGCUUUCCGAAACCAGUCUUUCAGAGAAAGUUUUAAAGAGAUAAUUUUUUCAAUUUUCGGACAUUAUAGGAGGAAGCUACGAACAAUGACAACUGUCACCCUUACAUCUAACUUUUCUUUUCAAAUGUUUAACAAAACGGACGAUGAGCUGUCUUCUGUUUGGUAUUUGGCGGACAACAGUGAAAACACCGAAGCUGUUUCAAUAGAAUCAAGAGAAAGGGGAAUGUCAUUUGAAAGCUCUGCUCAUGGAGUAACAUUGCAAGCUGUGCGGAGGCAUCAAGGCAGUAUGAUACAACAUAACGAGCUUUGACCUAUUUCCUGGAAAUAACCCGGAAUACCUAGAAAUCAGCGAUUGGCAAUGAUAUUAUCCUUGCAAUAAGAGCAUGAUUUGUUCAAGUCAGAAAGUAACUAUUUCAUGGGUUUUGAAAAACAUUUCUACUUGCCCACAAACAAAUGUUUUUUGCUUCUUUACAUAAAGGUGAGACUGCAAUAAUGUUUUCAGAACAUUAUGCGAAACAGAUUUGCUUUUUAAAUUCAAUCUGUCUUAUUACUUUUAAAUCUAAGAGCUAAAUGAUGAAAUAACAAACUGUAGGCAACCAUGCAAUCACGGUGAGCUAAUUAAAAAUUGUGUUUAUAUAAGUACUAGUUUCAUUCGUAACGGCUAUGAUUUGAGUACGGGAUGGUGCAAUAUGUUUUAGAAAAUUACCCAUGGAAACGCUAAAAAGUAGUAAAAAGAAGGUACAGGUAUGACAUAAGGCAAUGUAGACGUUACGCCUGCGUAAUAUCUCUGUAUGACAUUCAAUCAUUUCAGUUGUAGCCAAAAUGUAAGCUGUUUUUAGAAGCAACUUUCUCUAAAGCUAGCCAUUGCCGAAUCGAGCGCUUCCCAAUAAAGGAACAGUUUCAAAAUAUUACUUUUUUCAAAUAGAAACAGUUUAAGAAAUACCCAUUUUCAAAUAUAACCUUUUCCAAAUGGCACCGUUUCCACAAACACCAAUUUUCAAAUAGAGCUAUUUCGCCAAAUAAAACAGUUUCCAUAUUGAACCGAUUGCAUAGAGAACCUUUCAAGUGAAACCUUUUGCAAAUAGAACUGUUUCAAAAUGAAACAGUUUCAAAAUUAAACCGAUUGCAAAUAGACCCUUUCCGGAUGAAACCAUUUUCAAAUAGAACUGUUUCAGAAAAGAGCUGUGUCAGAAAAGAACUUUUGCAAAUAGAACUGUUUCAAAAUGAAACAGUUUCAAAAUUAAACCGAUUGCAGAUAGACCCUUUCCGGAUGAAACCAUUUUCAAAUAGAACUGUUUCAGAAAAGAACUGUUUCAAAAUAAAACAGUUUCCAAACUAAACCGAUUGCAGAUAGAACCUUUUCCGGGUGAAACCAUUUUCAAAUAGAACUGUCUUAGAAAAGAUUUUCACAUAUAACUGUUUCCAAAUAGAACCGUUUCAAAAUAAACUGUUCUCAGAGUCUCUUUAGAAAAGCAGCCAAAUUUGCUCUUAUUUACGUUUUAUUUUUCAUGUUGAUGAUGAAAAUUUGAUUGAAAAAGUUGAAACUUCACAUACGAUGAAUCUUCACGUAAGAAUACUUUUGUACCAGAGGUCGAAAUUUGAGUUCCUAUCUGUGAUAAAUAAUUAUUGAUAAAUAUCGUUAGCUUCAGUUGCUUGUUAAUAUCUGAUUAACUGUCUGAUGCAAGUCGACAUGUGGAUUCAAAUCAGUAUUUGUUUGCAUGCGUGUAGAAGUCAUUUCUAGUUCUCUUCCUGUCCUGCAAACCUUUAAAAUGUUAAACUUCAAGAAAAACUUCUUAAGUUAAAGUUCACUAUCACAAAGCAAAAAUAGUUUACAUCUACAAUUUUCAGGAUUUUACUUCUCAGCAGGUUUGCCAAGCUUGAAGAAGCUCAAAAUGUCGUCAGGGAUUGGGUUUGAUGGAGCAAAAGUCUAUUCGCGAACUUUCCUCCUUUAAAUCAGUUUUCUGACCUUCAGAAAAUAGCCUCUAUUUAUAGAAAUAAUGCCCAGGAACCAUUUCCAAAAAAGCAAAAUUAUAAUAACGUAAUAUCUCGAAGGAGGCAGCCCCACUUUAAGGAUUCUAAAAUUGUUAUAGUAAACACCAAGAUAAAAUAAAUAUUUCAUCUUGCUUACCCUCAAUAUGCACACGCUUUCAGCUUAAGCUAUACCGUAAAUACUCGAAUUAGCCCCCUGGGGGCUUAUUUAUUUUUUAUAUUUUUGGAUGGGGGCUUAUUCAAGGGGGGGGGGGGAGCUUAUACGAGAGGGGCUUAUAAAAUUAUUGUAGCCAUUAAGAAGACAUUAUUAAAAUACCUAGUUUAUUCUAGUAGGAAUUUCUUUAUGAGUAUUUAAUUAAUUACUACCAUGAGUAUGGAUUUGUUGUGGUAAUCAAUAAAACGCCAUAAGCAACCUCAGAUGGCAAAAAUCAUCAAAUGGACGGGUCCAGUUCGAAAAUUUACAGUAGCAUUGGGGGGCUUAUUCGAGUCGUUAUAGCUUGCAAGGUAAAAAACUCUUUGUAAUUUUUUGUUUGUGAAAUAAUCUAUCAAAUUCAGUGAUGUCAUUGAUGAGGUGACCAAGUAUAAAUUUUUGAAAACUGAAACGUAAGGUAGCGCACAAAAUGUAUGAAAAGUAGAGACUCCUAUUUCAGUAUCAAACUCGAAUGCUUUAACUCUAACUUAAUCAGCCAGACAUAACCAUCAACGGAUCAUGCUGACAGACAGGCAUAAUGUACACUUAGGCAAGAAUUAGCAGGUUUCUGAUCUUAAAAGGACCAGGUAAAUUUCAUGAGCAGGUAAUUAUUCCAGGAUUAUAAGAUUUCAGCUGAAGGCAAAUAACGAUAACACUCUUUUAGUGGAACAAAACUUGAAAAUAGCUUUGAAAAAACCAAGUAAACUAAAGUUUUUUUUCUGACACUCUUCAGAAUUCAAAACAUCAGAACAUAGAUCGAAAACUGUACGCUAUGAAAUAUAUAUACUCAGUUGUGGAUCGAAAUAGGCCAAUCAGAAGCGCGAUCACAUGACUGUUGAGCACUCAUCAGUGAAUGGGCCGUGUUACUUUUUAUAAGCUUUAGUACUCUUCUAUAUAUGAUGAAGUCAAGGAAAUAUUUGUGCUACCUGUAACAUUCAUCUACACAUAAACUGAACAUGUUUUGAUAGAGGAAACAUACAACAGUAUCAACUUGUAAUUUUUUGUUUAGAGCUCCCCAACUCCAGGUCCCCUCUUGUUAGGGUUAAAGCUUUCCAGUCGGCAACACUGUUUGCUACAUAGCUUUGAUUUCCAUGCUUUUGAAAAAACAUGAUUUCCAUUUUAACCACUCUCGGUGUGCUUUGACUUUCACAAGCUUGUGCUUUCGGUGUGCUUUGACUAAAAACAUUCACAAGCGUUUGGGACUGAAGGCCUGUGGCCGCUAUUGGGAGGUGGCCGCUAAUCGGAGGUGGUCGCUAUUAGAGGUUCGACUGUAGCCACAGGAAAAGUACAGCGCAUGGUUUUUAUGUCUAUUUAAUUUAACGCUGACCCACCGUUCUUAUGUAGCACAAAUUACAAUAAUGGACUCUGCAUCGAAACAUGGAAGUUUGUUGCGUUAAAUAAACUUCCAAUAUCUACCGGAUAGACACGUAGACAAAUAUCUACCGGAAGAGACAGACACGAAUCAGUUAGCAUUUUAUGGACCUCUAUCUUCGCAAAACAUUUUCUAGGUUAUUUGGACAACAGUAUCAGCUAUCGGCUAGGCCUUGCAUCGCUACAUCUUGAAUAUAUUGCUUUGACGAAACAAGUAAAUCGUGUAGAUCCUACCUUCCUUAGUUCAUAGUCGUAAUAUUUGCAGCACAGCUAAUGACAAGCUUCCUCUCGUAGAUUUCUUACUUGCAGAGUUGAAGAUGUGCCAAGGUAAGUUUGAUAACAACAAGUAUGGCGCCAAUUUAAAAUUUCAACAGCUUUGGAUCACUUCAUCCAAAAAAAUACUUUUUGUGCCCCCCCUGGGAUUGCUUGAUAAAAAGAAACUUUCUUCGUUGCAUGAGGCUAAUUCCCAAUAGACCCUCAAACCAUUCAUCCGUCGCUUGCAACAAAAAUAUACACACAAUGCUUCAUUCCUUUAAAUGGCCUUACACGAACUAAAAGAUUUUAUAUCGAAUAUGGUCCUAGUUUAUUUCGGCCAUACAGUCCUCCCUGAGCAUUCAAAAGAGCGGUAUUCCAGCAAAUUGUUAAUCAUCGGAAA